AUGAUCGAGGUGGUGUUGAACGACCGAUUGGGAAAGAAGGUGCGCGUGAAAUGCAACGACGAUGACACCAUCGGCGACCUGAAGAAACUGGUGGCGGCUCAGACGGGCACCAGAGCCGACAAGAUCCGCAUCCAGAAGUGGUACACCAUUUACAAGGAUCACAUCACUCUUAAGGAUUACGAGAUUCACGAUGGCAUGGGUCUCGAACUCUACUACAACUAA